CAACUACUACUUGGUAUUGCACUGAUCAGUGUUGGUACCAAUGCUCAACCAUCAUUGUCCCCACAGCCACAGUCGAUAGAGUAUGGACAAGGAGUGAUGCCAAUAGAUGUGAUCAACUUUUCAUUCAACUUUACCUUUUCAGGUAUUCUAUACGCAGCCACUGAUCGAUAUGAAAUGCUAUUCUUUAUGUUUGGCAAUGGCAAUCCUAAUGUCAUGGCUCAACCCAUUUGUCUCCAGAUCAAUGUCGAAUCGGACAAUGAAGACCUGUACCUCGGCGUCGACGAAUCCUACGAGAUAAUGAUCACCAACACCUCGGCAAGCAUCGAGGCCAACACAGUCUAUGGUGCCAUUCGCGCACUCGAGACAUUCUCUCAACUGAUCGUUUGGGAUCAGUACGAACAGACCUACAACAUCCCCUACACACCCAUAACGAUCAAAGACUUUCCUCGAUUCCCUUACCGCGGCAUCUUGGUGGACAGUGCCCGCCACUUCCUGCCCGUGGACUUUGUAAUGCACGUCAUUGACGCAUUGGCCUACAACAAGUUCAACACGAUGCAUUGGCAUAUCGUGGAUGCACAGUCAUUCCCCGUUCAAUCAACUGUCUAUCCAAAUCUGACUAAGGGAGCAUUCAAUCCCGUUGCCACCUACUCCCACAGCGAUAUCUCACAAGUAGUCUCCUACGCCAAGGACUGGGGAAUCCGUGUAAUACCCGAGUUUGAUGUCCCAGCUCACUCUGGAUCAUGGGGUAUUGGUUAUCCAGAACUUGUGAUCAACUGUUCAUAUCCAUCAACUCAGAAUAAUAUGAUGUUCAAUGUUGCACUUCCUUCGGUUUAUACAUUCUUGGGAAACUUCUUCAAGGAGAUGAGAGAGUUGUUCAUCGAUCAAUAUUAUCAUUUAGGAGGAGACGAAGCACCAAUAGAUUGUUGGGGCGAGAACCCUCAGGUAGCCCAAUGGAUGGCUGACAAUGGAUUCAACAGCACACAGGCAGAACAAUACUUUGAAGAUCAUAUGAUCGAUAUAUUGAAUGGACUAAACGGAACUAAACUGAUGGUAUGGGACGAUCUCAUUGCCAACGGUCUACAACUGCCCGUGAAGGACACGAUCAUUGAGGUCUGGGGCGAGUCAAACGCACAGGUGAGCGUCGACCUCGGAUACCAAACAGUGAUGGCAUAUCAAUGGUAUCUAGACCAACAGAUUCCUGACAAUGUGGAACAUGACGAGUAUGAGGACACUUGGCAGACAUUCUAUCAGGCCGACCCCUUGGACAACCUAGUUCGCAAUCAGGAAUAUGUGAUUGGAGGCGAGGCAUGUAUGUUUGCCGAGCAGGUCAAUAUGUUCAAUUGGGAUGGCAGAGUAUUUCCAAGAUCAAUAGCGAUUGCCGAGCGAUUGUGGUCCGAUCAGUCUGUAACCGACAUCAAUGAUGCGCUCAAUCGUUUCAACAUCCAUUCAUGCAGGUUGGCCACACGAAGUGUUGCCUCUGGACCACUCCAGCCAAGCUUCUGUCUACUUCCUCCCAACAAUAACCAAUACCGUAUGAAGCCAAUUGGACGUCCAACC